UUAUCUUUGUAUGAGUGAGAUAACUGACAACCAAUAUGAAAUCAACCAGUUUGUAUUCCGGCUCGGUUCGCGCUGAGCACGCACGCACAUAUCGCAAAAAUAAAUAUAAAGAACAUAACGAUGUUCCCAUUGCGUCGCGUUGGCAGUAAGAUCCUGGAGCAAUGGCGCACGCCGGUCGCAGUUGUUGCGAAGCCGCAAAGGAAUUUCAGCUCAGAGGCGCCUCCGCGACCACUAUCAAUGUUGACAGAAGAUGAAUUAGCCAUGAAGGACACAAUUAGAAAAUUGGCGACGGAACAAAUAGCACCACUAGUUAAGAAGAUGGAAGACGAACACAAAAUUGACGAAAGUAUCCGGCAGAUGCUGUUUGAUAAUGGUUUAAUGGGCAUCGAAACCCCGACAGAAUACAGCGGUUCGGGUUGUGGAUUUCUUACCAUGAUGUUGGUGGUGGAGGAACUGUCCAGGGUCGACCCUGCAGUUGCAGCGUACGUGGAUAUUCACAAUACACUGGUGAACUCGCUGUUUAUGAAGUUAGGAACCGAGGAGCAGAAAAAAAAGUAUUUGACUAAAUUAUGCACAGAAUACGCUGGUAGUUUCUGUUUAACUGAGCCCACAUCUGGUUCCGACGCGUUUUCCUUGAAAACUGUGGCAAAGAAAGAAGGAAAAGACUAUAUCAUCAACGGUUCCAAGAUGUGGAUUUCGAACUCCGAUGUCGCUGGAGUCUUCCUUGUUAUGGCUAAUGCUGAUCCUUCAAAGGGUUACCGAGGCAUCACGUGUUUCAUAGUAGAACGGGACACCCCCGGUCUUAGUGUUGCCAAACCGGAAAACAAACUCGGAAUUCGCGCGUCUGGCACUUGUAUGGUGCACUUUGACAACGUUAGGGUACCGGAAGAGAAUAUUCUUGGAGAAUAUGGAAAAGGAUACAAGUAUGCAGCCGGUUUCUUAAACGAGGGUCGCAUCGGUAUCGCCGCGCAAAUGAUCGGUCUCUGUCAGGGAUGUAUGGACGCCACUAUCCCUUACACGUUAGAGAGGAAGCAGUUUGGCAACAAGAUUUAUUCUUAUCAGGGUAUCAGCUAUCAAAUAGCUCACCUUCAAACACAGUUAGAGGCGGCGCGUCUGCUCGCUUAUAACGCAGCGCGUCUCAAAGAGAACGGGCAAGACUUCGUCAAGGAAGCCGCUAUGGCUAAAUAUUUCGCUUCAGAAAUCGCUCAAACUUUGACCUCAAAAUGUAUUGACUUUAUGGGUGGCGUUGGUUUCACCCGUGACUUCCCUCAAGAGAAAUUCUUCCGAGAUGCUAAAAUAGGAACCAUCUAUGAAGGAACCAGUAACAUGCAAUUACAGACCAUAGCAAAAUACAUAGAAAAGGAAUACACACAGUAAAAUAAAAAAAUAAUAUCUGGCAACACUGAUUUUAAGCAUUUAAAGUUCCUCGAAAAAUUUAACCAUGUUUAAUUUUUAAGGAACCCAGCUCCUAUUUACCAUGUACAACACAACUAUUUCCAUUUAUUUUUAAUGAAAAAUAUAUUCAUUUAUUGUUUUUUUUUGUUAAGAAAGUCAUACUGCAUCAUACCAAGAUUUAAGGGCCAACAUUGAAAACAAUUGAUAAUUACGUAGAUAUUUGAAAUAAAUAAAACAUUUAUAUAUUUCUAUUAUACAUAAUAUAAUAUUAUCUACAAUUUACAUAAGCUAAUUAUGAACUACAUACAAACAAAAAAAUGUUGACAAAAUAUAUACAGAACAUAAUAUCUAAACUUUUAUAUUUUUGUAAUAAGAUAUUUUAAUUACAAGUUGAAUUUUGUUUAAUGACAUUUAUUUUGUAUAUAUAAAAGCUAAUAAAAAUUUUCCAAACUGA